CACUUUCUAAACUCCCUCCAUAUUUCCCAAAACUCAACCCUUAAACCCCCAAACCAAACCUCACUCUCUCUCUCUCUCUCUCUCUCUCUCAUUCAUGGCUUUCCUUCAAAAUCACUUCCCACUCCAUCUAUGCCUUCUGGGUUUCCUAACCCUUCUCUAUCUCCCCUCUUUUCUCUCCUCCUCAAUCCACGACCUCCUCAGAAGCAAAGGCUUGCCGGCGGGUCUCCUCCCGAAGGAGGUCAAGUCCUACACUCUCUCCGACGCCGGACUUCUCGAGGUCUACCUUGACGGACCAUGUUUAGCCAAGUUCGAUACCAUGGCUUGCUACGACAGCGUUGUCAGGGCUAACCUCACCUACCGGAGUCUCACCGGCGUUGAGGGUCUCUCUCAGGAAGAGCUCUUUCUCUGGUUCCCUGUCAAAGACAUCAUCGUUGAUGAUCCCAAAUCUGGGUUGAUACUUUUCGACAUUGGACUCGCUCAUAAACAGCUUUCUCUCUCGCUUUUUGAAGAUCCACCUGAUUGCAGACCUGAUCAAGGUGUAUUAUUGAACAAGAUUACAAGGAAAGAGAAAGGAUUUGAAGCUCAAAGAUAGAAGAUGCUAAUCUUGAAUUAUCUUGAAUAGUUACUUGUUUUCUUGAUAUAUAUAUAUAGGGAGGUAGAAUUGUAAAGAUGCUGGAAUUUUCGAAUCUCCUAAUCAAAUUAGAAGUGUUAGUCUUCUAACUUCUUUUCAA